ACCUUGUCCACCUCAAAAAAUAAAAAAAAGAAAAAAAAGAAAAAAAGAGAGAGGAAAAGGGGACAAACCACCAACAACAACCAGAAUAUCGCAUCGCCGUCGCGUCGUCGUCGAUCUCCCCGCCCCGCCCGCGCCGCGGAAUCUGACACAUCUCUCUAAUCUCUCCUAGGACCGGGUGCCCUUACAUCCACCCGCAACGCAAAUCGCCGUCCGAGCCAUCGCGGUGUCUCGUCUCCCCGUGCGAGAGGACGCCGGCAGCAGCGGCGUGCCAGUGCGGUGGCUUGGUGGGGGAAGACCGGAGGCGUCGGCAGAGCUCGCGUCCAGAGGUGCACGGCAGGCCUGUUCUCGGCGUCGGCUGGGGGAAGGCGAGUAGCCGCGGUGGGUGAUUCUCGCCCUCUCCCACCUGGUUUGGAAUCGAAUUGAAGGAAGGACGAGUGAAUAAUCAUGAGCUCGAUCUGCCCUUUCGCGGGAGCCACCACUGGUGGUGGUGUAUGCCCUGUGAAAUCUGAUAAGAGCAACACUGGGGUGUGCCCUGCAAAAUCUGACAAGAGCAUCAGUGGUGUAUGCCCUGUCACUGGCAAGGAUCAUGGUAGCAAGCUCAAGGAAAGUGGUGAUCAUGGUGAAGAAAAGGGCACCGAUCCUCGUGUCGUACCAGCAAAAUGCCCAUUCGGCUAUGACUCCAACACUUUCAAGCUGGGUCCGCUUAGCUGCAUUGUCUGCCAGGCACUACUCCAUGAAAGUAGCAAAUGCAAGCCGUGUGCCCAUAAAUUUUGCAAGGCAUGUAUAUCACGCUUUAAAGACUGCCCACUAUGUGGUGCUGAUAUAGAGGGUAUUGAGCCUGAUGCGGAACUUCAAGCUCUUGUUGACCGCUUCAUUGAUGGUCAUGCCAGAAUCAAGCGAUCACAUGCUGCAGGGGAUGUGGAAGCAGCAGAUGGCAAGAACAAAGUCAUAUAUGAGGAUGUUUCCAUGGAGAGAGGGGCUUUUCUGGUGCAGCAAGCUAUGAGGGCUUUUCGUGCCCGAAACAUUGAAAGUGCAAAGUCAAGGCUCACUAUGUGUGCAGACGACAUCAGGGAGGAGUUAAAAUCUUCAGAAGAUAACUUAGACCUAUGUUCACAGCUUGGAGCUGUGUUAGGAAUGCUUGGGGACUGCUGUCGGACCUUGGGAGAUGUUCCUGCAGCAAUCACCUACUAUGAAGAAAGUGCUGAGUUCCUCUCAAAGCCCCCUGCAAAAGAUCUUGAGCUGGUUCAUACUCUCUCUGUUUCACUAAAUAAAAUCGGUGACCUUCGCUACUAUGAUGGCGACCUCCAAUCUGCAAGAAACUAUUAUGCCCGUUCAUUGGAUGUUCGCAGAAAUGCAGUAAAAGAACACUCUGCUGUGGCUUCCCAGGUCAUUGAUCUGGCAACUUCUCUUGCAAAAGUUGCGGAUGUGGAUAGAAAUCUUGGUAACGAAAGUACCGCAGUUGAGGGUUUUGAGGAAGCAAUUCGAUGCCUUGAGAAGUUGAAGCUGGAUUCUGAACAAACUACCCUCGAACAGCGGCGCCUCUCGGUUCUCGACUUCCUGCACAACCAGUUGGCCGAUAAGUAAGACAUAGUCUUCUCCUAAGAAGGCACCACCAGCAGAUAUCUCCUCAUGGUAAUGUUCAACUCUACUACAUAAGGUUCCCUUUGGAAGGAGUUGGUCUAGAAGCAGCGAUGAGUGUGUGUUUACCAUCGUUUGAAACUUUGUCACGGCACAAAAUAAGAGCUCCUGCACUGUAAAUGUAAUCAUAUAUAUGCUCAUCGAGUAUUCUUGAUGAUUGCCGAUAUGGUUUAGUAGUCUAAGCACUCUGGUUUGUCAAUGUCAUAGCCUGGAGCAGCGCAUAAGAUGUUAGUUAACUUGUGGCAAGUUCCAUCUCGCUUUGAAGUGUCAUGUGUGAAGACCUAUCCUGUUGUAUAUUUGACAAUAAGACAGGGAGGUAGUAAUCAAAACCGUGGCCGUCGUUUCUCAUA